AUGUUAAGCUAUUCAAGACUUGGUCGUUUCGUCCGGCUUUUGCGUAACUUCUCAACUAAAAAAAAGAAUGACUUCAAAGUAACUCUGAUUGGUUGCUGUGGUGGUAUUGGACAACCCUUGGCACUGCUUUUGAAACGUCAUGAAUUAAUAUCCACAUUGGCCCUUUACGAUCUGGCUAAGACACCGGGCGUGCAUACCGAUCUGUCGCACAUCGAUACAAAAGCUUGCUUGGAGGGAUUUCAGUGUCGAGAAAAUUUACCACCGGCUUUGGAGAAUGCCGAUGUCGUCAUCCUCUCGGCUGGCUUCCCACGCAAACCGGAUAUGACACGCGAUGACCUAUUCAUGAAAAACAUAGACAUUGUAUUGGAAAUUGCUGCCGCAGUCGGUGAACAUUGUCCAAAAGCUUUGUUUGGCAUUAUCACAAAUCCCGUUAACUCGUGCGUACCAGCGGCAGCGGAAAUCCUCAAGCAGAAAAAUUCUUUCGAUCCCAAACGCCUAUUCGGCAUAACCACGCUCGAUGAGGUGCGUGCACGCACAUUCAUUGGCCAAAUAUUAGAUGUUGAACCGUGCAAAGUUAACAUACCAGUAAUUGGCGGUCAUUCGGGUGAAACAAUAAUUCCUGUAAUCGCGCAAUGCAAGCCGCCACUGAAGCUGGAUAAGGAGCAACGCGCCAAGUUGAUCAAACAAAUACAGGAAGCUGGUGCCGAUGUAAUUACGGCCAAGUCGCAGGACGGUGGCACUUCGGCUACGCUUUCGAUGGCUCAUGCGGCUGAGGUAUUUACGAACACGCUGCUGCAAGGUCUAAAAGGCGAUUGCCAGCCAGUGCAGUGCUCGUUUGUAGCUUCGGAUGUAACUGAUUGUGCGUACUUCUCGACGCCUUUACAAUUCGGUAAAAAUGGUAUUGAGAAGAAUCUGGGUUUGCCAAAGUUGGAUAAGGAUGAGGAGGAUAUGGUUUGCAAGGCUAUGGAAACGUUGAAGAAGAAUAUCAAAAAGGGCAUAGAUUAUGCGAAGAACAACGCUAAGAAGGAUAAGAAGAACAAGAAAUGCUGA